AUGAAGGGACUCAGAAGUCUGGUGGCAACAACCUUGGCUCUUUUUCUAGUGUUUUCUUUCAUAGGAGAUUCCAGUAGCGCGCCACAGGGACUCUUUGAGAGAAGGAACUGGACUCCCCAAUCUAUGCUCUAUCUGAAGGGUGCACAGGGGCGCCGCUUCAUCUCGGACCAGAGUCGGAAGAAGGACCUCUCGGACCGGCCACCACCGGAAAGACGAAGCCCAAAUCCCCAACUACUAACUCUUCCAGAGACAGCAGCUCUGCUACUGGCUUCUUUGCAGAGACCACAAGAAGCUGGAGAAGAAAACUUUGAUCAAACCGGAAUCCUAGAAGACUACUAACCUGGGGAAAAUAGACCAAAUUACAUUCAAAUACAGUUCCAUUCUUGUUGAAAACAUGAGCCAUGUAAAUAAAGCCUUUGGAGGCUUUUUACUUCAGUUGUAAUCUUAGGAACAUGCACAACCAGUUUCAUUCUUUCCAGCAACAAAGGUAAUGUAGAGUUCUUAGCUGAGAGCAUCACCUUCUUUCAUUGCUUCAGGUCCUGUUUAGGUCACCUUGUGUCUUAGUCCCCUUUAGAAUUAAGCAUAAGGCCAGCGACUCUUUAGAGUGUGCUUUCUUUUUGUUAAAACGAGUCUGUCUUGAACUAGUGAUUCUCAGUUGUUUUUUUUUUCAUUCUGUUACCCCUUGCAUUGUCUUGUCACUCAGCAGCAGAUCUCCCUCUCCUUUUCUGCCUUUUUCCCAUCUUCAUGGGUGGGGGGAUGGGGAGGCAUGGCAGGAUGGGAAAGAGUAGAGUGUUCUCUUAAUAGUUCAUCUAGGAGACAUAAAUUAAGAAGGGAAGAGGAAGGAGUUGACUGGGAAGAAGCCCUGUGAUAAGAACACUUCAGUGUAGUUGCUGAAAGAGGGCAUGAUCUCUGAAGCUGGUGGAAGGUUCCACAAUGGAGAGCUUCCCUUUGUAUUAUUUGGGGAUCUCCCUGAAUUCUGGGAGUUACUGGGAAAUAAGCAGAUGGAGACACACACUCUGUUCCUGUGUACAUUGUACAAAAGGAACAAACCAGUUUUUCAGAGGUAACUCAUUUUUCACAGCUAAACAGAUUCAAAGAGUCUGCUUACUCUAAUUAACUAGAGCUCUAGGCUUUAUUUUACCUUAAAACAUUACAUAAAGGCACCCUGAUAACAUCAGUACAGAGUGAUAUGCCUAAUCUGGUCCUUCUCAAAACUUUGAACUUAGGUUCAAAACUGUCUGAAAAAAACACACACAUGCAGUAACACACACACACAUAUCCACAGCUAGCAUAAUAACCUAUUUUUUUGGAAUUGGAAUGUGAUCACCAUGUUAAUUUUUUGACCUAAUUAAUUGAGAGCUAUUAUUGAUAAAUGUCAUAAGUGGAAAACAUUGUUAAUUCUUAUUGUCAUCAAUAUAUAGCCAUUAUUCAGUAGCUAAAGAAUACCUUUAUGUGAAUGUAUCUGUACCUUGAGAUUACAGUUUCACUGUGUUAUGAAGUCAAAACCUUGCUUAUAAGAUUUGUCUGUAUCUUGUUUCAUAAUUGAAUAAUGAAACUAUAUUCAAGUUAAUGUAACACAGAUCUCUUGCAAAAACUAAUAUGCUAGCAUUAAAAAAACUAUGUGGUAUUAUAUAGGCACCUGUCAUUUAUUAUGAAUUGACUUUAAAGUGGAUUUUCUAGAUAGUGCUUGUAUCCAGUAUAUUGACAUUUUACUCAUCUGACAUAGACUUAUACAUAUUGGCUAUUUAAACAUCAUGCUUAUUCCAAGAAUAUUUUAAAACCCUAUCAUGUGAAAUAAUUCUUCCCACAACUAAGCAGAACAACCUCAAGUAUUUCACACUAAACAGAGUUUUUAAAAGCUUUCAGGAGGUGCCUGGGUGGCUCAGUUGGUUAAGUGUCUGACUUUGGCUCAGGUCAUGAUAUCGUGGUCCGUGAGUUUGAGCCCCACGUUGGACUCUGUGCUGACAGCUCAGAGCCUGGAUCCUGCUUCAGAUUCUGUCUCCCUCUCUCUCUUCCCCUCCCCCACUUGUGCUCUGUCUCU